AUGCGCUCCUCCGAGCCGUCGGGGCCGCCUCUUCCUCCCCUCAUCAUCACCCUCCACCCGCACAGCUCGGCUUCUCCGGCUCUGCUCGGCUCCGUUCGGCUCCGAAGCUCCAGGAUGAGCCCCCCCAGCAUGAAGACCCCGCGUCGCCUCUCCAUGCAGCAGCGAGGCCCCAGCAGCAUCAACCAGCUGGGGGGGGUCUACACCAACGGCUGCCCUCUCCCCCCAUGCAAGAGGCAGAGCAUCAUCCAGCUGGCAGCACACGGCGUGCGCAGCACCGACAUCUCCCGCAGCCUCCAGGUAUCCAAUGGUUGCGUCAGUAAAAUCUUGAGUCGUUAUUACCGGACUGGUUCGUUAAGACCCAAAAGUUUUGGGGGUAGUAAACCUCGUGCUGUUACCCCCGCCGUGGUGGCACGAAUCGCGCAGCUGAAGCGUGAGCAGCCGUCCCUCUUUGCGUGGGAGAUCAGGCAGAAGCUGCAGCUGGAGGGGCUCUGUGGCAACCUGAGAACCCCCAGCGUCUCCUCCAUCAAUCGGGUGCUGAGGGGUCUGCAGGGCACGCUGCGCCCCACACUGCUGCCAGGGGGGGAGAACGUGGAAACCCCCCCGGGCCGCAGCAGACAGCGCAGCAGGACGAUGCUGUCCCACCAGCAAUCCAAAGCCCUGGAGGAAGAGUUCCAAAGGGAGCAAUACCCGGACAGCAGCACGCGGGGACGCUUGGCUGCAGCCACGCAGCUGCCAGACAUCACCGUCCAGGUGUGGUUCUCCAACAGAAGAGCCAAAUGGCGACGUGAAGCCAGGCAACGGAUGGAGGCCAAUGGUGCAGGGUCCACCAUGUAG